AUGACACAUCCAGCUGAUGCCUAUGAUGAUUUCAAAGAUGCUGAAAGUUAUGACAAUAUUUCCAGAAAUGAUGAUCUUACAGAAACAGACAGACAAUUAAAGAAGGAAAUGGUUCAUAAAGUUAAGCCACUUGAUUUAAAGAAACAUUUUGAUGAGUUGGAAGAAUUGGUUUCUUUAGAAGUCAGAAAAGACAGCCAAGAGUUGGUUGAAGAGCCUAUCAAUAACAUUAAUAAUAAUAAUUUGAAAGGUUCAGAAUCUGACCAAGAAGAAUCUUUUCCUUACUCUGAUGCUGCAGCAGACCAAAUUGAAGACAGUGAAAUACCUUCAUUUGAUCAAGUGUCAGAAGCUCAUCCAUUACCAAUUCCAAAUCUAACCACUGAGAAUUCAGAUGAACAAGAAAAACUUUCUCCUGACUUUGAUGAUGGAAUUCUUCAAGAGAAUUUAGUUCCAACCAAAGAGGACAUCUACAAAAAAGAACAAAAUGAAUUUUCUUCUUUGGAUGUCUUGGGCAGAGAAGAGCACAAAAGUGAGCCAAUUGAUGAUCUUUCAUCAAGCACAGUGCUUAACAGUCCCAACCUCUGUGAAGACAGUGGUCUUGGGGAUAGUAUUGUCACCUCUGGAAGUGAAGAUUUGGAUAAAGCAGAUGACAUGAAAAGUGAAGAGGGCAUGGAAUCUCUUCCUGCCACUCCUGAUGCUUUAUCUGACCAGAAUCUCACACUUUCUCAAAAAAAUGAUGCAGGAUUUGAAGAUGAUGAGGAUUUUCAACCAGAUGAACUUUUGCCUGAAAUGUCCCAGGCUCAGUUGGCUGAUAAUGGUGAGGAAUUUUUUUCUGAGAAUAUCUCUGAGAAUAUGUGCACUGCACUUGAAAAUGAUAAACUAUUUGCCAAAAGUAGAAAUAAUGUACCGGAAAAAGUGCCUUCUGCUGAGUCAAGCCAAAUGUCUGUUAUUGGAGCUUUGGUUGUUGGUUCUCAGCUGAUAGCUUCUGCAGUGCUUGGGCCUUCUGCUGUGUGCCCACCAGCACUGAAAAGUCCUUAUUUCAAUUCUCCAUUGCAUGAAACUCAGCAACUCAUGGGCAAACCUCCAUCACCACAAGCGUUCCCUCCUGCUGCCAGCUGUGUUUCGCCAGGCAACAAACAGAUCAAUGCUGAAACUGAAAGUACCGAAGAUGGUGCCAUUUUGCAUCCUUUGACAACAAUGUCGGAGGAAUCCGAUUCUCAGCCAUCCUCUGAGGCUUUAGUUUUGGAUCUACAAAGUAAAGAAUUUGCAGUUGAGAAUGGUACAGUGUCAUCCCAAUCAAAGGAUUGUGUUACUGCACCUCAGAUGAGGGUGACAUCCAUCUCUGCAGAAGCAAAUAUGCUGGAGGACGAUGUUUCUUCCUUUACUGAUUGCUUCUCUACACAUGAAGCUAUUACUGAGAGUCUCAAUGACCUCAGCACUGAUGACAAAUAUCACAUACAAGAAAAAGUUCCAAAUGAUGAAAACCUUACUUUGGAAGCUGAGAAAGUCUCAUCAGUUUCCUCAAGUCCUGAUGACACUGCAAUUAACACUAUUAAAGAGACAACUGAAGCACUUCCCACAAGCAACAAACCUGUAAAGUAA